GGCUGAGCAACAGGGAGCCUCUGGAGCGUAUGUUACUCAUCUCUCUCUUAGAGGCUCCAGGCAGACAACCAGGGUCCAUCUUCACUGAAUAAGGGGAGGGGAAAGGACAACAGGCAUAUCUUUGUUUCUUCUAGGUCUAUAUUGUUUUAAGGAUCAUUUCAAUCCACUCCUUAUCCCACUUCGAGUCUUUAUGACGCACACUGAGGAAUGAUUGUUUCUGUUCUUCUUCUUCACAGUAGAUAACGGGGAGAAGAGCCAUGUAUGCACCAAGUACAGGAAGCAUUUUGGACACAACUGGGGCCUUCGUCGAGACCAGCAAGCCCACAGAGAAGAUGGAGGUUCUGCCAGAGAAAGGCCCAACAAAUGCAAUGUAUGUGGGCAGUGUUUUACCCCAAAUAUGGCACUUGUGCUUCACAAGACACUCGAUGUUGGGAAAAGCCAUCUUAAAGGGAAAGUAUCUGUAAAAUGUGUGGUGAAACACAAGAAAUUUCACACGGGUCAGGAACCAUACAGAUGCCAAGAGUGUGGGAAGUGUUUUGCUUCCAGUUCAGCCUUGGUGAGGCUCAAAAGACUCCACACAGGAGAGAAGCCACACCAAUGUCAGGAGUGUGGGAAAUGUUUUGCUGAAAGUUCAGCCUUGUUGAGCCACAAAAGAGUCCACACCAGGGAGAAGCCAUACAAAUGCCAGGAGUGUGGGAAAUGUUUUGCUUUCAGUUCAGCCUUGGUGAGGCACAAAAGAGUCCACACCAGGGAGAAGCCAUACAAAUGCCAGGAGUGUGGGAAAUGUUUUGCUUUCAGUUCAGCCUUGGUGAGGCACAAAAGACUCCACACAGGAGAGAAGCCAUACCAGUGCCAAGAGUGUGGGAAAUGUUUUGCUUUCAGCUCAAACUUGGCGAGCCACAAAAGACUCCACACAGGAGAGAAGCCAUACAAAUGCCAGGAGUGUGGGAAAUGUUUUACUGCCAGUUCAGACUUGGUGAAACACAAAAGACUCCACACAGGAGAGAAGCCAUACCAAUGCCAGGAGUGUGGGAAAUGUUUUGCUGUCAGUUCACACUUGGCGAGGCACAAAAGAAGCCACACAGGAGAGAAGCCAUAUAAAUGCCAUGAAUGUGGAAAAUGUUUUACUCAGAGUUCAGCCCUUAACCAGCACCAGAGAACACAUACCGGCUAAAAAACAGCCAUUGUGUGUAAAUGUCUGAUUUCAAACUUUGAGAAGUUCUGCGUCAGAUUUGGUGGAGUCCCCGUUCUUGUCAUUUGAACCUGUAAGUUGGAGGUCUGUUCUCUGGAGCAGCAGAAAGCAAGCUGUGUGUGACAAUCCCUCAGAGCAGUGGUUCUCAACCUGUGGGUCCACAGAUGUUUUGGCCUUCAACUCCCCUAAAUCCGAACAGCUGGUAAACUGGCUGGGAUUUCUGGGAGUUGUAGGCCAAAACACCCGGGGACCCACAGGUUGAGGACCACUGCUUCAGUGUCAGUUCCUGGAAGGUGUAGGAGACAAAGAUAGGCUCACUCAGCUUGUAGCCAUGGAAAACUUUAUUGAAUCCGCCUUGCCAAAAUGGCCGCAAAGCUUCUACUGCCCGUCUUCCGCUCUUUCCCCUCAGUAUAUUGGGUGGUUGCUUCCCUCCUCCCUUCACGUCUCUUCUUCUCCAUUCACACCUCCCUUUCCUUUUGUCCUUUCCCACGUUUGAAGACCAGACCCUGUCAUAAAUCAGCCUUCCCAGCCAAAUGGUCUUCUUUAUCCGAUUUGUUGUAGUCAGGUGUGAAAAGAACAGCUUGGAGAAUGCUGAUCUUUUUGCAUCCUGACAUUCAGAGAGUUAAAUAUUAAGUUAAGUCUUGUCACCUCGUCUGAAAAGAAAUAAACCAUAAGUGAUUCCAUCACUUGUUCUUCUGGUCUUAGUUUCCAGCUCCAUUUUCACCUUGGUUUAAAUGUCCAGUUUGUGAACGUUGUGCCCCUACAGACACAUCCUCUGUUUUCCUCUUUAGUCAGGACUGGUCAGCUUGAAUAUUGUAAAUGGCCGUUAUGGGAGGGAGCCAGAGUUAGCCCCUUCCCUUUAAGACAGUGGCUCUCAACCAGUGGUCCACGGACUACCAGUGGUUCGCAAGAACUAAAAUACGGUCUGCCUUCUAAGCUUCCCUUCCUUUGCUUUCUUUUCUCUUGCCCUUCCUUCCCCUUUCUUCCUAUUUUCCUUCUAUCCUUGUCUUCUUGUCCCUUCCUUUGCCUUCUUUUCUCAUGUCCUUCAUUCCUUCCUUUUUCUCUUCCCUUCCCAUACUGCCCUUUGCUGCCUUUUCUCUUCCUCUUCCAUCCUUUUUCUCUUCCCUCCCUUUUCUCCCCUUUGCCUUUUCUCCCCUUUGCCUUUUCUCUUGCCCUUCUUUCCUUUUUUCUUCCCUUCCCUUCAUUUCCUUUUCCUUCUUUUCUCUUGCCCUUCCUUUUCUCUUCCCUUCCUUCCCUUCCUUUGUCUACUUUUCUCUUGCCCUUCCUUCCUUUUCUCUUCCCUUCCUUCCCUUUGCCUUUUCUCUUGCCCUUCCUUCCUUUUUCUUUCUCUUCCCUUCCCUUCCUUUGCCUUCUUUUCUCUUGCCUUCUUUCCUUGCUUUCUCUUUCUCUUCCCUUCCCUUCCUUUGCCCAUCAUAUGUUAUGGACUGGAGUAGAGUACAAUAUAUGUCUCAUUUGAUGCCUCAAGAACUUGAAUGUAUACUGUAAUUGUUUUUCUUAAUCUGUUUAUCCUAUUAUAUUAUAUUAUUGAUGUACUCUGAUUGUUGUUUAUGUGAGUUUAAUAUGUUGUAAGCCGCUUUGGGUCCAGUGAGGGAGAAAAGCAGGAUAUAAAUAAAGAUUCAUCAUCAUCGUCAUCAUCAUUAUUAUUUUCUCUUGCCAUUCUUUACUUCCCCUUUUCUCUUCCCUUCCAUCCCUUUGCCCUCUUUCCCUUGCCCUUCCUUCCUUCCUUCCCUUCCCUUCCCUUCUUUUCUCUUGCCCUUCCUUCCUUUUUCUCUUCCCAUAUUUUCCUUUGCCUUCUUUUCUCUUCCCCUUCCUUCCUUCCCUUCCCUUCCUUUGUCUUCUUUUCUCUUGUCUUCCUUCCUUUUUCUCUUCUCUUCCCAUAUAUUCUGUCAUGCCACGAGCAGGCAAAACAUUACCUGCUGCCCUGUCUCUUUAAGGUUCCAAAGGGGCGGAGCUUAGCCUUGGCUCCUGCCAGCCUGAAAUGGCAGUUAUUUUUGUCAGUUAGAAUUUGUCAGUUGGUGAGGCUCUGGAAGGAAGCGUAGGAAGUAAAAGGAUCACAGAAAUUCACGUCACGUUGGAACUGUAUUCAAAUUAGAUUAAAAAGCCACAGGCUACAGCAAUAGAGAAAGCCAUGUCAACAACACUGCAUUGAAGUCACCUCAAAGAUACAAAGAAUCCAGUCAUAACAAGAUUUUAUACUCUGUGGCAAUAUCUAUCCAGAACUGCAUAGACUCAAAGAUUUCUUUCCUCACAAGAGACUUCAUAGUGGCAACAAGGGGAAAAGAGAUCAAUUUUGUCUAUUAAUAAAAUAUUUUGUUUUACAUAA